AUGUCGAAGCUCUAUCGUGUUUGCCUUGACCAUUCGGAGAGCUCCACUGAGGGGGUGAUGUUUGUAAACCCCGAUAACCCAGCGGUAUACAUGAGAAUUGGGCACGAGAGGCUCAAAGAGUGGGAUCAAGCGAUCAUCGAUGGGAUCGAUGGAGUUGAUGCAACUCAUCCGCCAAAUAAGCCGCCCUUUGAGUGGGUCCCAAGGCCUGGAACUAGCUCAACCUCAACCUCAAUCUCUGAGAAUUCAAUCGCGUUAGUGAACCCAAUCGACAACCAACGAGCAUGGAGUACCGGCAGGGCAACUAGCUCAAUUGUAAACCGAGGUGGAGAAGCAGGUUUUUCUGCACAGUCGCCGCUUAUAAGGGCCCCACUUGAAGUACCCGGACAACACGCUCACUUCAACAACGAUCGCACACCACUGCCAAUCUUGGGUGUUGAACAACGCGGAACAAUGACCGCGUUCCUGGAGAAUGCAAUGAUUCCAUUGGACGAUCACUACACUCGAAUUCUCAUCGAACAUGAUAAGAUUCAUCAUUGUACCUACUUUCAACAAUCAACAAUGCUCGAGCUACUUGGAAUGGGGUUCGCGGCGGGCCCCUCUCGUUUACUAAUUGAUGCAGUUCCUCUCUUUGAAUCGGUCCUCAGACAUACCUCCCCCCAGUAG